CUGUCUGUAUAAAAGGGAGCCAAUGCGACAAGAAUCUCUGGAGGUCAGACGGCAAGAAUGACAAGUAAACAGAAAUAUGCCAUCCGAACAGGUGGUGCCGUUUGCGCUCUUUUACGCACGGCCACAAGUCGGAAUUGUCCAAAGCAGCCACUCGGCGCACCUGAGAUCAUAAUUUUCUUCUUCAUCUCAGUGAUGUUGUCUUUCACUGUCCAGCCAGCAUCAGCUCAUCCUCAGUGUCUAGACUUUGCCCCACCUUUCAAACCGCAGUGGCACCUGGAGUUCUGCUCCCAGUAUGAGGACUUCGGCUGCUGUGACCAGAGGACGGACAACGUGAUCGCGGAGAGAUACUGGGACAUAAUCGAGCUGCUGGAGGCGGCGGGUUAUGACUUGUGUGAGGACAUGCUGAAGGAAAUCAUGUGUCAGGAGUGCUCCCCUUAUGCUGCCCACCUUUAUGAUGCAGAAGACCCUUACACACCUGUUCGAGACUUGCCUGGACUGUGCUUUGGAUAUUGCUCUGAAUUUCACAGCAAGUGCCGUCAUGUGCUCAAGUAUCUAACUGAGAACCAGCUCCUACUGGACACCUCUGGGCGGGACAUGACCACGUUCUGCAGCCUUAUAGAUCUAUCUGACCAGGACUACUGCUACCCCAACGUUCUGAAGAGCACUGACCUCAACAGCAACCUGGGACAAGUGGUGGAGGACCCCAGAGGGUGUCUCCAGGUAUGCUUGACUGAGGUGGCCAAUAAUCUCAGGAACCCAGUGUUUUGUGAUUCACCAGACUUGACCAUGCAGAAGAGCUAA